AUGAGGAAGCCGAAGUUGUCGAAACUCGAUAGGUUGGAGAAAUUCGACAUGUUCGUAUCUCUGAGCAAGCAGAGAUCGGUUCAGAUCCUAUUGGCGGUUGGUUUACUCUACAUGCUCCUCAUCACAUUCGAAAUCCCUUUCGUCUUCAAAACCGGGCUCGGUUCCUUGUCCCAGGAUCCGUUAACCCGACCCGAGAAGCACAAUAGCCAGCGAGAGUUGCAAGAGCGACGAGCUCCGAGUCGGCCUCUAAAGAGUCUGCUUUUCGAGGGAUCAGUCUCGGAAGCGCCGGCUCAGGGUUUAAGGAGGAGGAGGAGGACCCAGAUCCUGUCUAGCUUGAAAUUCGACCCGGAAACAUUCAACCCGGGUAGCAAAGAUGGGUCGGUGGAGCUCCACAAAUCCGCCAAGGUGGCUUGGGAAGUUGGUCGGAAGCUAUGGGAAGAGCUAGAGUCUGGGAAAACACUAGAAUCCUUGGAGAAGGAGAAGAAGAAGAAGACUGAGGAACGUGGGUCAAGCUCCUGCCCUCUCUCGGUUUCCUUAACCGGCUCUGCUCUUUCGAACCGUGCGAACCUCAUGGAGCUUCCGUGCGGGUUAACCCUGGGAUCGCACAUUACGGUGGUUGGGAAGCCACGAGCUGCUCACUCGGAGAAGGACCCAAAGAUAUCGAUGUUGAAGGAAGGAGAUGAAGCUGUGAAGGUUUCUCAGUUCAAGCUUGAGCUUCAGGGUUUGAAAGCAGUGGAAGGGGAAGAGCCACCUCGGAUCCUCCACUUGAAUCCGAGGCUUAAGGGCGAUUGGAGCGGCAAGCCUGUGAUUGAGCACAACACUUGUUAUAGAAUGCAAUGGGGCUCAGCACAAAGAUGUGAAGGCUGGAGAUCUAGGGAUGACGAAGAAACUGUUGAUGGUCAGGUUAAGUGCGAGAAAUGGGCACGAGAUGAUAGCAUCACAUCGAAAGAAGAGUCUAGCAAGGCGGAGACAUGGUGGCUUAGUCGACUGAUAGGUCGGAGCAAGAAAGUGACUGUUGAAUGGCCAUUCCCAUUCACUGUUGACAAGCUUUUCGUGCUUACACUUAGCGCUGGCUUGGAAGGCUAUCAUGUCAGCGUCGACGGGAAGCACGUCACGUCCUUCCCUUACCGAACUGGAUUCACGCUUGAGGAUGCUACUGGCUUGACCAUUAACGGGGACAUAGAUGUACAUUCGGUUUUCGCCGGCUCUCUCCCGAGUUCGCACCAUAGCUUCUCUCCUCAGAGGUAUCUCGAGCUCUCGAGCAACUGGCAAGCCCCAUCACUUCCCGAUGAGCAGGUUGAUAUGUUCAUUGGCAUACUUUCUGCUGGUAACCAUUUUGCUGAGCGGAUGGCUGUGAGGAAGUCGUGGAUGCAACAUAAACUAGUGAAAUCCUCUAAAGUAGUGGCUCGCUUCUUUGUUGCACUGCACACGAGGAAGGAAGUGAAUGUGGAGCUGAAGAAGGAAGCUGAGUUCUUUGGGGACAUAGUUAUAGUCCCUUACAUGGACAGUUAUGACCUUGUUGUCCUCAAAACCGUUGCGAUUUGUGAGUACGGGGCUCAUCAGCUUGCUGCUAAAUUCAUCAUGAAGUGUGAUGAUGACACAUUUGUACAAGUGGAUGCGGUUCUUAGUGAAGCGAAGAGAACACCUGCGAAUACAAGUCUAUACAUUGGCAACAUCAAUUACUAUCACAAACCGCAACGCCAGGGUAAAUGGGCUGUUACAUACGAGGAAUGGCCAGAGGAAGACUAUCCAGCUUAUGCCAAUGGCCCUGGGUACAUAUUAUCAAACGAUAUCUCUCGCUUCAUCGUACAAGAGUUUGAGAAACACAAGUUAAGGAUGUUCAAAAUGGAAGAUGUGAGUGUGGGAAUGUGGGUAGAACAAUUCAACAACGGGACCAGACCGGUGGAUUACAUUCACAGCCUCAAGUUUUGUCAGUUUGGGUGCAUAGAGAAUUACUUGACGGCGCAUUAUCAGUCGCCGAGACAGAUGAUUUGCUUGUGGGAUAAGUUGGUUUUGACAGGAAAGCCUCAGUGCUGCAACAUGAGAUGA